AAUUAAAAAUAAUAAAAUCGAAAAAAUAUGAGAAAACUCUGCUUAAUUCUUGCUUUGUUCUUUAUCAGUACUUUAGCUGAUACAAAUCUUAAAUGCCCACCAAACAGUGAGAUAGAUUUUUCUGGUAAGUGUGCUUGCCUUGAAGGAUAUUACGGUAAUAGCGCUGACGAUUGCAAGUAAUGCCCUGAAAAUACUAAUUCAUUAAAAGGUUAAGGUCUUAGUUAUAAUACUGGACCUGGCAUCAAUGUUUCAGCAUGCAAGUAUUGUUAAAAAUUUUACUUCGUUUCUAAAGAUGCUACCUCAGAUUCUGCUGCAACUUGUUCUAAAUGUGAAAAUAAUUCUAUUGCUGGUAUAUAAUAGUCUUACGCCAGAAAAGAGAGUGAAGCUUGUGAUUCCUGUGAUGAAGGUUAUUAUUGGAAUACUUCUGAUGGUAAGAAGGUUUGCAAAUCUUGCGGAGAUAACGGUUCAACUCCAUCAGACCCCAAAAAUUCAGGUGUAGAUGCUUCUCAAUGCAAUAUUUGUACAUUUAAUUACUAUAUGACUAAGAGUGCAGAUAAAGAUGCUGGUAAAUCUGCUGAAUGUGUGUAAUGCCCACCAUUUUCUUAAUCUGCAAAAUAAUCUUUUGUAGGUUCAAUUGAAAAUUGCAGAUGCUUUGAUCGUAAUGCAGAAGAGUUAUCUUCAACUGUAUCUUCUUGCUAAUGUAAAUAAGGAUAUGCAGGAGAGGUUGCUAAAAAUUCAUCCAAAGAUACUAUUGGAUGUCAAAUUGCUUGUGGAACUAAUGCUUCAUACAAAGAUGGAAAAUGUACAUGUAAUAAAGGUUAUUACGGAAAAGACGCUUCUUAUGGCUAAACUUGUUAGAAAUGUCCUGAUUUUGCUAUAUCUACUCCAUGCGUUGGAACAGAUACUUGCAAUACUGGUAAAUAUGGUGAUGUUAAAUAAUGUUACGCAUGUAUAGAAAACUACUACGGCAUUGAGAAAGCUGGUGGGUUUGGUGAUGAUGCUCAUGGAGCUAAAUGUGUUCCUUGCCCUAAAAAUUCAUAUUUAUCAGAAGGAUCUUUAGGCUGGUGCUAAUGUUUUGAUAAGAAUGCUUCAGAUUUAAAUUGGUCAGUCACUGAGUGUAAAUGCAAAUAUGGAUAUACCGGAAAUGUUGCAACAUCUAAAGACGGGCCUGGUUGUGUAAAAGAAUCAGAUGAGCCAGAAUCUACCGAAAAAGGCGACAACAAUUCUGGAUCUUCUAAUAGCAAUAACAAUUCAUAAUCCAAUGGUAGCAAUGGUAAUAGUGGAUCUUCCAAUAAUAAUAAUACUAAUUCUGGAACUUCUGGAAAUAAUAAUAAUAAUAAUAGCAAUAAUAAUAAUAAUAAUUCUGGAUCUACUGAAAAUAAAGAUAAAGCCUAAGAAUCAUAAAACGCUGAUGUUAAAACAUCUUCUAAAUAACUUUAAGUUUUAGCUUUUAUGAUAUUAUUCGCUAUAUUAAUAUGA